UAAAUCGUUGUCAUCAUGUGGGCAGAAGCAAUAUUAAUAUUUUCAGUUUUUGUAGCAUCAAUAAAGGUGAAAUGGAUAUACCAGUCGUGUGCCGAUGAAAAGAUAAAUCCCGGCAACGAAUACAAAGAGUACAUCCUGUGCAAGGCUUCUGCAUUCUUAGUGGAGCGCCCUGGAGAUUCAACUUACCCAGACAUGGAGGAAUUCAUGGACUGUACCUUCAUCAAGGCGGGUUGGAUGGACAAAACCAGACAUGCGUUGAACGUGUUGAAAAUUGCUAAUGAUUUGAAAACUAGUGGAUAUCCAGACAGACAAAACCAAAUUGAAGAACAAAUAAAAUUGUGUAAGAAUAUAUAUGAUCCACCGCUCAAUGCAAUGAAUUAUUUGGAUUGCAUUGCCCUUGGACGGAACUCAACAAAGGAAAUAAUAGCUUUCAUACGGAAAAGGGAACCUGAUUUUUUCAACGUAUUCCAUUGCAAAGGUAUAACUUUAUAAAUUAAGAGUAAUAAUGCAUUUAACAGUAUGAUUCACAGUAAAUUUGAUUAGUUACCGGUAUUAUGUAUUUCAACAAAUAAACUGUGCUGCAAAUAAAAAAACAUUGUAGAACAUUU